CAUCUAGCUUCAGCUCAUUCCAUCCCAUCAAUAGUGCCAGGCAGAAACACAGCAGCCCUGGAGAGAACAGGUUUGCUUUCCUAAGCUGAGGCACAUCGGUUUCAAGGGUCAGGUGUUGAGUUUGGCUUGGCUUCCUCAUUCAGCUCGGCUCCUGUCGGCAUUUGUGGGCAACUCAGUCCCACGUGCCCACCACCACCACCACCACCACCACCACCUUCUCAGGCAGAGACACCACAGAGGGGAGUGUCUGUGAGCCAUGAUGUCACCUUGCCAGCAGCAUGCCCUGGGUGCCACACUGCUGGUUCUGGUGCAAGGCUGGGCACUGUCCGUGAGUCAGGAGUACGAUUACUACAGCUGGCCUUCAGAUAGCUUCCAGCAUGGGCGUUUCUAUACCAAGCAGCCACAGUGUGUGGACAUCCCAACUGACCUGCAGCUCUGCCACAAUGUGGGAUACAAGCGCAUGCGCCUCCCUAACCUCCUGGAGCAUGAAUCCAUGGCUGAGGUCAAGCAGCAAGCCAGCAGCUGGGUGCCCCUCUUGGCCAAGCGAUGUCACUCAGACACACAGGUUUUCCUCUGCUCACUUUUUGCACCAGUCUGUCUCGACCGGCCCAUCUAUCCGUGCCGGUCGUUAUGCGAGGUGGUGCGGGACUCCUGUGCUCCUGUCAUGGAAUCCUAUGGCUUCCCCUGGCCUGAGAUGCUCAACUGCAACAAGUUUCCCUUUGACAAUGACCUGUGCAUCACGGUGCAAUUUGGAAACAGCCAGGCUACACAGCCACCAGUUUCCAAGAUCUGCACCCAGUGUGAGAUGGAGCACAAAGCAGAUGGCAUAAUGGAGCAGAUGUGUUCCAGUGACUUUGUGGUGAAGAUGCGCAUCAAAGAGAUCAAGAAAGAGAAUGGAGAGAGGCGAUUGGUGGCUGCCCAGAAGAAGAAAAAGCUGCUCAAAGUAGGGCCACUAAAGCGCAAGGAUACCAAGAAGCUGGUGCUACAUAUGAAGAAUGCUGCCUCUUGUCCUUGCCCCCAGCUUGAUGACCUCAGUGGCAGCUUUCUGGUGAUGGGUCGCAAGGUGGGUGGGCGACUGCUGGUCUUGGCCAUUUACCGCUGGGAGAAGAAGAACAAAGAGAUGAAAUUUGCUGUCAAAUUUAUGUUCUCCUAUCCCUGUUCCAUGCACUACCCCUUAUUCUAUGGGGCAGACCCCCACUGAGACCCCACCUGUUCUUAGAUCCUUGCUCACCAUUCCUCAUGGCACUCCUUACACUUUUAGUUCCCCACUCCUAGACUAUAAAGAACCUUUCUUCUACAGGCAGGCUUACACUACAGGACAAACUCUUGUGUUUUUCCAAAUUUUCAGAACUGCUCUGCCCAUCUUUGAUCUUCAUGUAGCUUUGAAAAGCUUGCAGAAAUAUCCAACACACCUUCUGCAAAAAAUUAUGAGCAGUCUCACCAGCUGUGAGAGAGAACUCAUCCACCCUAGUGUAUCUUCUUUCCAAUAAUCCCUGGAUUGCCUAGAG